AUGCAGAGGCGGGUGGUAUUAGAGUUGUCCCGCCGUCAAGGUGUUGCGAAUCUUUCGUUUGCGGCCGCACAUAGAAUAACGCCGACGAACUACGGUCUCCGACGGACAUUUCAUUCCUCCCCCGCAGCGCUCGAUUCGUUCGGUUCGAAUAAUGAUGGCGAAGAUGGAAGCAAAUCUCGUCCUUCGUUUUCACAGCCCAAGUUCACAUCACGAUGGGGCAGCGGGCAGUCAACUCAACGACCUGUUGCCCUGAGCCCAGCGGAACAGGCGAUUCGCGACAAGAUGAGGGCGCAGCAGCCCAAGAAAGAAGAGGAUAAAAAAGAGCAAGAGACUACAGAGUCGCGUAUCAACGAUUCGCCAUUUCAGAAACGACCAUGGGGUGGUGCUCGACAAUCGAUUACUUUGAGUCCAGCCGAGCAAGCGAUGCGCGAGAGGAUGGUGGCACAGCGGAAACAGAGAGAGCAGGAGAAUAGGGACGCUCGUGGUGCGGGUCCCCGGGAUCAGAGACAACGACUGACUCCCCGGUCCGUAUAUUCCAAGGACGCAGGGACCGGCGGCGAUAAGCCCAGGAAACAUUUCAAAUCUGACUGGCACUGCCCGAACUGCGGAUUCAACUGUUUUGGGAAAUAUUUCUUUUGCCCCCGUUGUGGCUGCCCAAGAUCUGAGCCUGAAACAGAUCCGUCAAGACCAAGGAGGGUUAAAGAGGUGCGGCAUCGUGUCAAUACAGAGCAAGCCGCAGCACGGAGAAGCAAGAAAUAUUCAGCGUGGUCAGAAGAUAUAGGUGACUUACUAGGCGACGAAAACGCUGGAGAGCCAAUCUCAAAGUCAGACGAUGUGGUUGCCGUCGAUCCGAUUGAGGAGAUUGACAGAGAGAAACUUGCAGAACUCCAAUCCCAGGAUAUCGAGGGAAACCAGCAGGACUCACGGCAAUGGGGUCUGGAGGAGGAGGAACCAGUGAUACAGCGCCGAAAGGACCAUAAGCGUCGUGAUGGCCGGAAACAACGGAAGAACGACGAAGAGGAGGAAGGUUACGACCAGGAGGAAACCCGACGUCGUCGAGAAGAUCGAAAGCGCGCGAAGAAAGAAAGGACAAGGCGAAAGGAAGUGCACGUCGCCCCAAGUCCUAUUUUCCUGCCCGAGUUCAUCAGCGUCAGUAAUCUUGCGGACGUCAUUGGAGUACGGCCAGCUCAAUUCGUACAACGGAUGGAACAAAUGGGCUUUGAGGGUGUUACAUAUAGCCAUGUCUUGGACGCAGAAACGGCUGGUCUAAUCGCGGUCGAGUACAACUUUGAGCCCAUUUUCGAUCAGCCCGAGGAAGGGUUCGAUUUGACUGCUGCCCCUGGACCAGAAGACCCGUCCUCGUUGCCUCCCAGGCCGCCUGUGGUCACCAUCAUGGGCCAUGUCGACCAUGGCAAGACCACUAUUCUGGACUGGCUGCGCAAAUCAUCUAUCGCUGCUGGAGAGCAUGGAGGCAUUACGCAGCACAUUGGUGCGUUCAGUGUCGCCAUGCCUUCUGGGCAGACCAUCACUUUCUUGGAUACCCCCGGUCACGCAGCCUUCUUGGAGAUGCGUCGUCGAGGAGCAGACGUCACAGAUAUUGUCGUUCUUGUGGUAGCUGCAGACGACAGUGUCAAACCCCAAACGAUCGAAGCCAUUAGACAUGCCACUGGAGCCAAGGUUCCCAUCGUCGUUGCUAUCAGCAAGAUUGACAAGGAGGACAUCAAUGUCGACAAGGUGAAACAGGACCUCGCAGCUAAUAAUGUCUACGUCGAAGAGUACGGCGGCGAUGUCCAGGCUAUUGGCGUGAGCGGUAAGACAGGCCUAGGAAUGGUGGAACUCGAAGAAGCCAUUCUGGCUCUUUCUGACAUGCAGGACCACCGAGCCGACACAGAAGGUAACGUUGAAGGCUGGGUUAUUGAGAGUACAACGAAGAGCUACGGUCGAGUGACCACCGCGCUCGUCAAGCGUGGUACCCUACGCGUGGGUGAUAUCGUCGUUGCAGGUGAUGCGUGGGCUCGUGUGCGCACCCUCCGUAACGAGGCUGGCGUUACGAUUGAUGAAGCAACACCCGGUAUGCCCAUUGAAAUCGACGGCUGGAGGGAGCAGCCAAACGCCGGCACGGAGAUGAUACAAGCACCUUCCGAACAGAGAGCCAAGGAUGUGGUUGAGUGGCGGUUGGAGCAGGCAGAGACCCAGAAACUCGGCGAAGAUGCCACGGCCAUCAACGAGGCUCGCCGUGGGCUUCUCGACAAACGUCGACAGGAAGAACUGGAACAGACCGGUCAUCAUGUAGAAGUUGAACAGGCUACUUCCGGUCCCAAACCGGUGCACUUCAUCAUCAAGGCGGACGUUGAUGGAUCCGUCGAGGCUGUCCUGAACUCAGUCACUGCGAUUGGCAACAACGAGGUCUACCCGAACGUGCUCCGUUCCGCUGUCGGGCCAGUGGGAGAGUUUGAUAUUGAGCACGCUGCCGCUGCCCGUGGAAACAUCAUCACAUUCAACACAGCGAUCGAUCACGCUAUGCUGCGAAUGGCAGAACAGCGAGGCGUGAGAAUCAUGGACCACAACGUCAUCUACAAACUUAUGGACGAUGUCAAGGAGAUCCUCAGUGAGCAGUUGCCGCCCAAUGUGACUCAGCGCGUGACGGGAGAGGCGGAGAUCAGCCAGGUCUUCGAUAUCACCGUCAAGAAACGGGAGACGACUGCCAUUGCGGGUUGUAGGGUUCGCAAUGGAAUUAUCCAAAAGACCAAGAAGGUUCGGGUUCUGAGAGGUCAGGAUAUUAUUUAUGAUGGCUCGAUGACUUCUCUCAAGAACGUCAAGAAGGACGUGGCCGAAAUGCGCAAAGAUACCGAAUGUGGUAUCAGCUUCGAAGGCUGGACGGAGUUCGCCCCCGGCGACCAUGUCCAGUGUUAUGAGGAUAUCUACGAGAAGAGAUAUCUGUGA